AUGCAUGCAGCGUCAAAGAUUCUGCUGUUGAGCUCUAGCCAUGCGUUCCUAGUCAUCCAACUCCCAACAGGUUCCGGUAUUGGUUCCAGUGUUGCUUCCAGUUAUUGUGAUCCUGUCGUGCCACCUCUCGUGGAUGGUAUCAAACUCCUGAUCAACGACAACACCGGCGUCAACCUUGUCGCUUUAUAA